AAUUCAUUCAAUACCACCCCCAUCUCCUCUCUCUCUCUCUCUCUCUUUCUCGUAUAUCAACAACUCAACACCAUUAUCGUCAGAAUCAGCAACGCCUUGAGUUCUUUGAUUAAAAAAAAAAAAAAAGUUAAAAUGGACACUUUCUACAUAUCGCAUGGAGCGCCGACGCUGUCGUUUGACGAUUCGAUACCGGCAAGGCCAUUCUUGAAAGCAUGGCAGGAGAAAGGUCUCUGCCCGAGGCCCAAAGCCAUUCUCGUCGUUUCCGGACACUGGGACACGUCCGUCCCCGCCGUCAACGUCAUUAACGGCCGCAACGACACCAUCCAUGAUUUCUAUGGCUUCCCUAAACACAUGUACAAGAUAAAGUACCCUGCACCGGGAGCUCCAGAGUUGGCAAAGAGGGUGAAGGAACUGCUGAUGGCAUCAGGGUUCAAGCGUGUUGACGAAGAUAAAAAACGAGGGCUUGACCAUGGUGCAUGGGUCCCCCUGAUGCUGAUGUAUCCAGAGGCAGAUAUCCCAGUUUGUCAACUCUCUCUUCAGUCAGAUAGGGAUGCUACUUAUCACUACAACAUGGGCAGGGCAUUGGCUCCUCUUAAGGAUGAAGGUGUUCUUGUCAUAGGUUCUGGUAGUACUACUCAUAACUUGAGGAUCAUUUUGCCCCCAGGCAGCUCCGUUCCUUCCUGGGCUUCCGAUUUUGAUACCUGGCUUAAAGAUGCUCUUCUUCAAGGAAGAUUUGAAGAUGUGAAUCAUUGGGAUGAGAAGGCACCCAGUGCAAAAAUGGCUCACCCUUGGCCAGAUCACUUUUAUCCAUUGCAUUUUGCCAUGGGUGCUGCUGGUGAAAACACAAAGGCAAAACUCAUGCACCAUAGCUGGGACAUGGGUACUCUUUCCUAUGCCUCUUACCAGUUCACGACAGCUACCAGCUGAAAAUCGAUCUCCAUCCAAAAGUUGUGCUGCUAUAUGGUAUCUAUGCUGUCUCAUUAUAUUUAGAUACAUCUGCUGUUAUGUCAUCUUCAAAUAAGAUUGGAUGCAAACUGGAAGUUGUUGUGGACAUGUAAAUUGGCUACUUUUCCUUUGAUUGUAAAAUAUGGUCUGUGUUAUAAGUACCUUGUAAGUUAUGUAUCUUUGUGUUACGAGAGUCAUACACCGGCAAGGGGAAGUAAGAUGCAGUCAUGCAGUGGAAGGACUCCUAGAAUAAGAGGGUAUCUCCUCAGAGAAUUCUAGUAUAAGAGGAAUAUCUCCUCAGUAGUUGGUAGUAGUAAUAGUUAUCAAUAUCUGUGGGAGAAAUCUAAUGUAAUUCAUCUACUAUGUUCUCAUCAAGAGUGUCUUGUAAUGCUUAUUUAAGCAGGGGAUUAAUGAAUAAUAUUAUCAAGUAUCAGUAUUUUAACUA